AUGAUUGAAGACGAGAAAAAGGACGCCGCUCUUUUCGGUGAGCGCAUUCACUGGAACGAUGACGAUGAAGCCGUUCGGGUUUCGCGUCAUGGUGAACGGCGCUCUCGUAGACGGUCUCGCUCUCGCUCGAGGGAUUCGUUGAGUAUUCAUAGAGCAGGCUCGAGAAAUCGCGCUGAUCCGUCGCUUGUUCUACCUGUCACCUACCGCACAGUAUCGUUCAAUAUUGAGGAGUCCAAGGGUAAAGAACAAGCUGAACUAGCCAAGGCGAAAGAUGUUACUACAAAAGCCUUGACCGACCUCGAGUGGCAUACCAUCGCACCUUUCGACGUCGAGAAACGACUCACUACAUCGUCAACCGCCGGCCUUUCGACCGAACAAGCUGAGAGAAGACAGCGCGAAUAUGGCAGAAACGCACCGUCUCCCGCCAAGACCCAUUGGUUCAGAACGAUCUUUCUAUACUUCUUUGGAGGCUUUGGAAGUAUUCUUCUAACUGGCUGUAUCCUUGUAUUCAUUUCGUGGAAACCUUUGGGAGAUCCUCCUGCUGUUGCCAACUUGGCACUCGCCAUUGUACUACUCGCCGUCUUCUUCAUCCAAGCUCUGUUCAACAUGUUUCAAGACUGGUCUACGUCACGUACCAUGUCUUCCAUCAAGAAUAUGCUCCCUGAAGAAGGUCAUGUUAUUCGCGAUGGGCAUCUCGUUCACCUCAGCGCUGCAGAUAUCGUCCCAGGUGAUGUCAUCAAGGUCAAGGCUGGGAACAAGCUACCCGCUGACCUGCGCUUGAUUGAAGUCUCCUCCGAUGUCAAGUUUGAUCGUUCAGUUCUCACCGGAGAGUCCAAGCCAGUGGUGGGUACUGUAGACCAUACCGAUACCAACUACCUUGAGACGCAUAACAUUGGUCUGCAAGGUACACAUUGUAUCCUUGGUUCAUGCACUGGUAUCGUCGUUGCUACUGGUGAUAGAACAGUGUUUGGACGUAUCGCGAGUUUGACGAACGAGCCGAAAGUCCAGAUGACGACGCUUGAGAAGGAAGUGCUCUACUUUGUCAUCAUCAUUGCCAGUAUUAUGAUCACCAUGAUCGCCGUCGUCUGCAUCAUUUGGGGCGCUUUCUUGAGAAAGAAACAUCCCGACUUCAUCAACGUACCGACCCUCAUCGUCAACUGCGUCAGUGUCGCCAUCGCUUUCAUCCCUGAAGGUCUUCCCAUCUCUAUCACUGCUGGUCUUACUAUCACCGCCAACCUGAUGAAGAAGAACAAGAUCCUUUGCAAGUCCCUCAAAACUGUAGAGACACUUGGAUCUGUUUCGGUGGUCUGUUCUGACAAGACCGGCACUCUAACCACUGCCAAGAUGGCUGUCUCUGACUGCGCAGUUGGAGGACUCAACAUGACCAUCGAGAAUGCUCGCGGCAAGUUUGGCCAGUCCAAAUCCGCUACUCACCCGAUUAUCCAACUUCGUGCUUUGGCUGCACUUUGCAACGCAUCCGAGUUUGAUGCCGCUACAAAAGAUGCUCCCUUGGCCGACAGAAGGAUCUUUGGUGACGCGACGGAUCAAGCUGUCCUCCGAUUCGCCGAGUUUGUCGAUCCUAGCAGCGUCGAUUACCUGCGUGCUUGCUGGAAUAAGAUCUAUGACCUUGCUUUCAAUAGUAAGAACAAGUUCAUGAUUCGUUGCUUUUCCUGUGUCAGGACAGAGGCCGUUCCUACUACUCUUAGUAAGGAGACUUCGUUCAAUAGCGACGACAUCCUUUUGACCAUCAAAGGUGCUCCUGAUGUUCUCAUCGGUCGCUGCUCACACUAUGUCUCAGAGCAUGGCGAGACAAUCCCUCUCAAUGCAGCUAUGCGGGCCACGGUGGAGCAGCUGAAGAAUACCUACUCUUCACAAGGUAAACGAUGUUUAUUGCUUGCUCGUAAGAUCGUCAAGGGCAGUGACCUCCCCAAGAAUCGGGAGACGAGUGAGUUUGAACAUGCAGUUACACGGGAGUCCAACACAGGCCUCACUCUAGUUGGAAUGGUCGCCAUCGUUGAUCCCCUCAGGCAUGACAUUCCUCAUGUUGUGAGCACAUUGCGCGGCGCUGGUAUCCGAAUUGCCAUGGUAUGUAAACCCCCCUCGCGACGUACCGUAGUAUUACUGACGAUGCGACAUGUCACUGGCGACUUUGCUCUUACUGCUCUGGCCAUCGCCCGCGAAGCCGGUAUCGUCACCACCCAAAACGUGGAUGACAGCACAGCCCUCCAACGCUACAGCCACGACGAUACCAAAGACUCACCUCUAUCCCACCUCGGUGCCAUCGUCCUCAGCGGCCCGGAACUCAUGUCUCUGAACGAACAUCAGUGGAAGACGCUUACUCAAUAUGAAGAGAUUGUGUUUGCGCGAACAACACCAGAGCAAAAGCUUCGAAUUGUUCGUGAGUUCCAGAAAGGCAAUGUUGUAGCCAUGACGGGUGAUGGAGUCAAUGAUGCUCCCUCGCUUAGAGCUGCUGAUGUGGGUAUCUCGAUGGGUAGUGGCUCGGAUAUUGCUAUGGAGGCGGCUGAUAUGGUUCUGUUGGAUACGUUCUCUUCUAUCAUCAUUGCUGUUCAAUAUGGUCGCGUUGUGUUUGACAAUCUCAAGAAGGUCAUCUCAUACCUCUUACCUGCUGGCUCUUUCUCAGAGUUCUGGCCUGUCAUGGCAUUUGUCGCCUUUGGUUUGCCCCAAGCUCUGUCUUCAUUCCUGAUGAUCAUCAUCUGCUGCUUCACCGAUUGCGCCGCCGCUACAAUGUUAUCCUACGAAAAGCCCGAAGCCGAUGUUCUAACCCGGCCACCACGCAACAUCAAGAAGGACCGUCUAGUCAACUGGCAGCUUAUACUUCAGGCAUACGGAGUCAACGGUGUCCUCCAAACAGUCGCCUCCUUCGCCAUGGCAUUCUGGUACCUCCAGCGUCAAGGCAUCCCCUUCAGCGAGCUGUGGUUCAGUUUUGGAAAGCUCCCUUCUGGCAUCGAUCCAGAUUACUACCUGGCCAAGACCAACGAGGCUUCGUCUAUUUACUUCGUCAACCUUGUUGUGAUGCAGUGGUUCAAUCUGAUGGCGACUAGAACUCGUCGACUCAGUAUCUUUCAGCAUCCACCCCUGUUCAACCCGAACACGCAGAACUGGUAUCUGUUCCCUGCUAUCAUUUUCUCCCUUGCUAUGGCUAUUUUCUGGCUGUACAUCCCGCCUCUGCAACCUGUUCUGGGAACUACGCCUGUACCUGUUGAACAUUGGUUUCUUCCGUUUGCAUUUGGUAUCUUUCAGCUUUUGUUAGAUGAGGGUCGUAAGUUCGGUGUUCGGAAAUGGCCUAAUGGAAUACUAGCCAAGUUGGCUUGGUGA